CCGCCCCCGGGCGCCACCCCGACGCUGGUUCCUCGGGCCAGGCGGGCGGCGGCGGGUGGCGUCUUCGUCCCGGGCCGGGUCCGGCUCCGGCUCCAUCUUGGGCCGCUGCGCCGGGCACCUGUGGCGGCCGCAGGAGCAGCGCUUCCGCCGGCCUGCGCGGCUCCGGGCGGGCGAGUGGGCAUCAUGAGCACCAGCCAUGCUGACCAGGGUGCCCGGCCACCCCGGAGUCCCUGCCCACAGCCCCUGUCCCGGAGCUCUUCCAGCCUGUUGGAAGGCCAGGGGCAGAGACCAGAGCUCCGCAAGAGCGCCAGCAGCACUGUAUGGCAGGCCCAGCCAGGCGAGGCCAGCGCCAGUCCGCAGGUCCUGGAGGAAGAGGAGCACCACACUGAGAGCACGGAGCAGACGCAGGCCUCCAGCCCCCGGCCCCGGCCCCGUGCUGUGGGCCACUGGCGGAGCAGCACUGUGGGCAAUGUGUCUACCGUGGGUGGUGGUGACCUGGGUCGCCUGAGGGCCCCCGGUGCCGCUUCCAUGCAAAGGAGCCACUCGGACCUGGUGCGCAGCACCCAGACCCGGGGCCACAGUGGUGCCCAUAAAGCCAGCCUCAGCUGCUCGGCCCUUGGCAGCUCACCGGUCCACAGGGCUCAGCUGCAGCCCAGUAGUACUUCUGGCCAGGGAGGCCGGGCCCCUGCAGGCCUAGAGAGGGACCUGGCUCCAGAGGAAGGGACUUCGAACUCAGCCUGGACCCUGGGAGACAGUCAGGUGUGGGUGGCGCCACUAGACCUGGGAGGGACAACCACCCACAGCAGCAGCCCCCAGGCUGGGCCCAAAGCCACCGGGCAGCCAGCCACAACCUCCUGCCAUGCCCUGUCCCCAGCAACUCUCCUCUGCAAUAUGAGAGAGGUGGGGACCGGUGGCUGCUGUCAUGCCCUGCCAGCCCCGGGGAUCCUGGCCUUUCCCAAACUAGUGGCAUCGGUAAGUGAGUCUGGGCUGCAGGCUCAGCAUGGGGUGAGGUUCCAGUGCAGGUUGCCUGGGGGGCUCCCUGGGCAUUCCCACUGCUGUGCCCACCCUUGGGGUCCCACCGGGUUAGUCACGGAGCCUGGUACCAGGACCAAGGAUGUAUGGACCAUGACCUCAGCCAGUGACUUGGCCCCUGUGUUGGCAUCCUCUCUGUCAGCCCAAGAUGCUGGUGUACAGGCAGCCCCCAUGGCGGUUUGCAAGGCUGUGGCCACCAGCCCACCCCUGGAAGCCCCUGUGGCCCUGCACACAUUCCCGGAGGUAACUCUGGGGUCCGGCCUGGAGGAGGCACCAUCCCCUGUGCGGGAUGUGCGAUGGGAUGCUGAGGGCAUGACCUGGGAGGUGUAUGGAGCUGCAGUGGACCCUGAGGUACUUGGCGUGGCCAUCCAGAAGCAUCUGGAGAUGCAGUUUGAGCAGCUGCAGCGGGCACCCACCAGCGAGGACAGCCUGUCUGCGGAGGGCCGGAGGGGACCUCUGCGUGCUGUCAUGCAGUCCUUGAGGCGCCCCAGCUGCUGCGGCUGCUCCAGUGCAGCUCCCGAGUGAGGAGCUGUGGCCCUCAGAGCUAUCCUGGGCUCGUGGACUCAGCCCCAGGCCAGGGACAGUGCCCUGGGCUCCUUGGACCUCCUGGCAGCCGUGGAUAUGUCUCUGCUGUUGGCUGACCGCAGGGCACAGGACUGCAGCCUGGGGACUUCCUGCUCCUUGCAGCUGGGCUGGUUUUUAAGGGCUUCAUUCCUGAGAGCCACAUCCCUGCACAUCCAGGCUCUGAACUUUGGGACAGACUUUCAGCACUGUGCAUAAGGGAGAUCCUGAUUUUUCUGUAAAAAUUCUCGACGUUCUGUUUAGUGUCUCCUCAGAACUCUGCCAUGAUUUCCCCUGGGA